AUGUUUUUAUUAAACAAAUUUUUGGUAUUUUUGAUACCUUUGGUGAGUGGCCAGUAUUUUAAAGAUCAAGAAAUUUCAAAUGCGACUGGUUCUAGAACUGGAGAAUACAUAAAUAUUGAAAAAUACCCGUACAUCGUUUCAAUACGCUUUGCGAAAUCCAGGAAGGUUAUUUGCACUGGGAUAUUAGUAACAUUUUCAUGGGUUUUAUCAGUUCCUUACUGUUUUAUGUUGACACCGGAACAUUACAAAAGAACACAGGAUUCCAAAGGCGCAAUACCACCUGACAUUGAAGCCUGGUCCAAGAAAAAGAGCAAAUCGAUUUCAAGAAGAUUAGCGCAAGGCUUCCGUAACAAUUCUCAGUUGCGGGUCCAACAUCCGUCACAGCAAUCGAAAUACCGCAAUUCAAGCAGGUUAGAGAGAAAAUAUGAUAACUACAAGCGAAGUAGAAAACGAACUCAUCAAAAUGGAUCGCUACCGUUCAACGAUGCACUUCCCACGAGCACAACAGAAGCUCCACUUACCGAAGAGCAGAUGAAGAAGUCCGUAAUACAUUUAGAACCUAAAACGUUCAAAAUAAUAGCCGGCGCUACUUCUCUAAGGGCUGAGGGGCAGGUCCGAACUGGAGAGCGGAUCGUGAUCCAUCCGGAUUUUAAAUUAUCUAAGAAGAAGAAAGGAAGUCCAGCUCACGAAUUGGCGUUGUUAAAGACAGACAUGCCAUACAUUGAGCAAAAUAAUGUCCAAAAAGCUCCUGUUCUCGAAACCUUUUUAUUCGAGAAGAAUCCAUCAAGAAAUUGUAAACUGGUUGGCUGGGGAAGAGGGAAGACUAUCAAACCACUCCCACACUUGAAAACAACAAUUUCUGAAAUAAGCGUCCAACUUUUCAAUCCCUCGAAAUGCCGUUUUAUUGCAAAAACGCAGCAGGGUGAAGUCAGGGAUGACGACGAAGAUCCUGGCUUCUGCUCCUACGAUGAAAAAAACAAUGCGAUUCCUGUUUGUCAAAGCGAUUCCGGUGGCCCAUUGGUAUGCGAUGAUAAAGUCGUCGGCCUCAUGUCUUGGUUGCGAUCCCCGCUUUGCUACUACAACAUAACAGAGUACAUCUAUACCCGCCCAAUAUAUUAUUGUACCAUCUACACGGAUCUGGUAUGGGUUCGAGAGGUUCUUGGAGAAAGCAGUACGCGAAUGAGUAUCCAAAUCGAGGAUGACUCUAACACCAGUCAAUCCCUUGGAGCCUCAAGAAGUUUCCUAAUGGCCAUUACAGCCGUAAUUACUCUGUUCUUCAUUGACUUAUAG